AUGCACUGGCGACAGCACGUCUAUCUGCUCACCUUCGUGGUGAUUGUUGCUUCAACCAUCCCUGCCUGUUUGGCUUUUAACAUCAAAAUGACAGAGCCUAUGAAACACGAGGGCGAACCAGCUGAUUUCUAUGGAUACAAGGUGCUACAGUACAAGUCUGGUGAUGGUAACAAAAGGAUAGUUGUCACUGCACCUCUCAGGCUAAAUGGAUCUGGAGGAAUUUACCAACCUUACCAAAACAAGUGGUUCAACCCUUCUGUUGCAGAGGGCCUGCAGUCAAACACAACAGCAGUCAAACAUCUUGGCUUGUCGAUCGCUGCAGAUUCCUCCGGCUCCAGGUUCACUGUUUGCAGUCCAGGUUUGGUGCAUGAAUGCAAUGAGAACUCCUAUCUGAACAGUAUUUGUUAUGAGCUCUCUGAUCAACUCCGGGAAAUCUCCUCUUUCAAACCUGCGUAUCAAGAAUGCACCAAAAAGACAGUGGACCUCGUCUUUCUGUUCGAUGGAUCAGCGAGUAUGACUGAAAGAGAAUUCAACAAGAAUAAAGAUUUUAUUGUGGAGAUAAUGGACAGCCUGAAGAACACAUCGAUCAAGUAUGCAGCAGUUCAGUUCUCCAAAACCUUCAACAAAGUGUUUGACUUCAACGACUAUGAGGCUGGCCGUGCUAUCGAUAAACUUAUGAAAGAAAAGCAUUUAAAAAGUCUCACCAACACACACGGAGCCCUCGAAUUUAUUUUUAAUGAUAUCUUUGACAACAAAGCUGCAGGCGCCUCUCCUGAUGCAACUAAAGUUCUGAUUCUAAUCACAGACGGAGAUCCCUCUGAUCCAGACAGAAAUGGGAUAAUUAAAAAAUAUGAUGAGAAAAAUAUAAUUCGUCUUGUUAUUGGGAUCAAGGAUGCAAAGCUGGAUAAAUUUAGGCUCAUCGCUUCAGAACCAAAAGACAAAAAUGCCUUCAAAAUAGAGAAUUAUGAUGGACUCACAGGAGUGCUGGAGAAUUUUCAGAAAAAGAUCUUUGUUGUGGAAGGUUCCAAAGUGGCUCGAGCAGGAAACCUGACUGAUGAAAUGUCUCAGAGUGGAUUCAGCGCUGUUUUCAACAAGGAAACACUGAUUCUGGGUUCAGUGGGAACAAACAGCUGGCGUGGUUCUCUCCAAGAACAUCGAGAUAAAAUGGAAAAACUAAUUGAGGAUCAAGAAAUGGAGAUGGACUCCUACAUGGGAUAUUCUGUCUCUGUUGGAGAGAGGGGUGGUGUUUCUUUGUAUUUCACGGGUGCACCCCGGUUUCAGCACACAGGACAGGUCGUACUUUUCAAACAAAACAGCAACAACUGGGUCACAGAACAAAGAAUAACUGGAGACCAGAUCGGUUCCUACUUCGGCGCCGAGCUGUGUUCGGUGGAUAUUAACUCAGACGGUGACACUGAUUUCCUGCUGGUGGGAGCGCCAACGUUUUACCAGCCUCAGGAGAAGAAAGAAGGUCAGAUCUACAUCUACACUCUGACUGAUGAGCUGCAGCUGAAAAGUGAACUGAAUGUGACGGGACCAUCCAUGGGUAGAUUUGGCACCACCAUAUCCAGCCUUGCAGACCUGAAUGGAGAUGGACUCCGAGACGUUGCUGUCGGAGCUCCGCUUGAGGAUGAUAACAGAGGUGCUGUGUAUAUCUACCUUGGAGACAGACAUAGAGGGAUACGCAGCACUUUCAGCCAGAGAAUCACAGGAGACAAAAUAACACCUGGGAUAAGAUUCUUUGGACAGGCCAUCGAUGGGGGCGUCGGCAUCAAAGAGGACGGCCUCCCAGAUAUUGUGAUCGGAUCACAAGGCGCUGCUGUUGUCUUAAGCUCCAAGCCCGUCUUUAAUGUGAUGGCUCACCUAUCUUUCCACCCUAAGGAGAUAAGCACAGAGAAACUUGACUGUGUGGGUGCAGAAGGAAAUUUACUUAUGGUUACCUUAACAGCCUGUUUUGAAAUGGAAGAAGCAACAAAGAGCAAACAAGGGACUGUGAGCUCUGGACUGAACAUCACAUACAUGCUCGCCGUGGACCCAAUGAGACAAAAACAUCGAGGUUUCUUCAGUCAAACUGAUACGAAAACCAGAAGUCUUACCUCUACCUAUGAACUGAAAGAUAAAAUGACUUGCUUAAACUUCUCCAUCUACAUGCCUAAAUGUGUGAUAGACACAUUGUCACCCAUCCGCAUCAAAUUAAACUUUUCUCAAGCUGACAGUGAGACUGCAAACAUCAUCCUGAACAUGGACAGCAAAAAGCAUUCUGCUGUUGAGGUUCCUUUUGAGAAACAAUGUAGAAAAAAUGACACUUGUAUCGCUGAACUGGAUGUCGAUUUCGAAUUCAAGACUCCGAAAUUAUUGGUGACAGAAAAUAACUACUUCAAUGUGACUAUACAUUUGAAAAAUGAUGGUGAUGACUCAUACAACACCAGCCUUAUAAUGUUCUAUCCUCCAGGCCUCUCCUUCUCUAGGAUGACUCUUAUUGGGUAUUCAAGAUUAACAACGCAUGACUGCCGGGAUCAAGAAGAACGCAACAAAACCGUAUGUGGUGUGAGCCAGCCUGUGUAUCGCAGCAGAUCCUCUGCAACGUUUCAAUCCUCCUUCCAUGUCAUGCAUAAUUAUGAGUGGAAUGACAGGAUGUCCAUGAUAAUUGAAGCAAAAAGUGAUAAUCAAGACAGAAACAAGACCAGCACCCUCACCAAAAGCAUUCCUGUGCAAUUUGAAAUUAAAAUGAUAUUAACAGUGAAUAAAGACAGCACUACCUAUCUGAACUUCACCUCAGAUGAGACUGAACCUAAAGAAAUUACUAUUACAUACAGGAUAGAUAACACUGGCUUUAAGGAGUUUCCUGCAAGCAUCACCCUGGAAUUCCCAACUGUACUGGAGCAUAGCUUUGAAAUGAAAAGCUAUCAAAUCAUUGUCAAGGAGAACAAAACACAGUGCAGAGCCAAUACUAACCACAAAUUUAAGAACUGCUUACCAGAAAAUAAGUGCGUGGCCAUCGUCUGCAACACUUUCAAUUUGAAGAACUAUGCAUCUGCUGAGUUUACACUGUCGGGAAAAGUCCACUUUAAAGACGCCGCACAACAGGCAGCCAAUGUUGCUUUUCUGAAAAAAUACACUGGAGACAGCAGAAAGAUUAACUUUGUAAGUUCUGUGCAUGUUGGCUAUGACAAGGCUCGGUAUGUGCUGAACAAUCCAGAGAAUAAAGACAAUUUGACACAAUUCCCAUUUCCAACAAAAAAGACUGAAGUUCGGGUUGAUUUCUUUAUCCUCCCAAAUAAAAUGCUGAUCAUUUCAACUGGAGCCGGUUUGGGACUCUUACUUCUGAUCAUAAUCACAAUCAUCCUGUUUAAGCUCGGUUGCUUCAAAAGGAAAAAGUUUGGAGAAGAUGAUCUUGAGGAUGACAUCACUGUAAUACCGUUCCCUGCUUCAACUGUAGGGACUGAUAAUAAAUCUGAUAAAUCUUCCAAUGAUAAUCAAACGCAGGAAAAAUCACCUCUCAUCUCCUCUGCCCCCACUAAUGAACAGAUCAAGCAGUCAGGCACUGAUAACAAAUCUGAUCAACCUUCUGAGGAAAAUAAGGUUCAUGAUGACGGUGCUGCUGAAACAGAGGAGAAAAAGAAUGAAGCUACUGUUACCAUUAACGCAUAAAGUCAAGGAGGAUUUGGAAUAUAUGGAACAUUUGUUAGUCUGUUCUAAUCCACUUAGUGACAGUUUAGCUUAGUUCACAGACUGGACACAAGUAGAAAAUUGCUACAAUUUUCAGUCGUUCUCUGUCCAAAGCUAGUAAAAAUAUAUCUAGAAGCCCAUAUGAUGAACAAUAUAAUUAGUAAACAAUUUCUCCUUUUUCGUGUCUUUUUUUUAACAGUGGUUCUUGCUAUGAUUUUUUUUCCUUAUUAGUCGGACCAUGACAAACUUAUUUAGGGGUAUGAUAUCUCCGGUCUACAUCCCAGAUGACCCCCAUAUUUUUUUAUAGUCUUAUUAUUCUUCAUGAAUUGUAAACAAAUAAGCCAUAGUGUAAAACCUAAAGUGAACCAAAACAUGAAACAAAAAUGGUACUGGGAGGACAGAGAUCAAAGAUGGAACCAGUCCACUCUUAAAUUCACCACAGGGAGAGAUUAGAUGCUCCCACUUACACAGACAACCACAACCGUAUACCACUUAAAGAGUAGGAAACAGGAAUUUGGCAUAAAGAAAAUCUAAAUCUGGAUGAUUGGCUUUUCAGCAUUGGUGUUGGAUGUGCAAGCUGUCAGGUCCACAGGGCCUGAUGCAGAGAUGAAGGAUUUUUAAAUGAGUGCUGAUAACAACCCAGGUGGCUCUUCUGCACUUUAACCCAGAGAAAGCUGCAUCCAUGUUUUAAAAAAAAAAAAAGUUCACAUUUUGAUUUGGCUGACUACAGAAGAAUUUCCCACUUUGCCUCAGUGCAUUGCCUUGGCUCAGUGGCAUUUCUGGAUUAUGUUCACAUGUGGUUUAUUCUUUGGAUGAGAAAGCUUUAACCUGCAUUUCACAGUGAUUUCUGUUAGGGCUCCUGAGCUCAUACACUGAUGCCAGAAUCAUGCCAUGCAGCAUAUAGGUUUAUGAGAUUUACAAAUCAGUGCAUUCUGUUUCUAUUUUGCACAAUACUCUUACUUUUUCUGAAUUAGGUUUUUACAUCUCAUGCAAUAAUUUUGGGUUCAGCUACAUCAGUGAAAAAUCAAUGACACUGGACAUGAAGCUGAAUAAGCAUCAGAUGGAUUGGCUUUCUACAAAUGUUCAAUAGUCACAGCACAGGAAAACAUCAGCGAGUUUAUAGACAGCUCCAUGAAGGAGGCUGUUCAUGCCAGACACAAGAGGCAAGCACGUCUGUUUAAUAUUCUGUUGAGAUGUGACUAAAGAUUCAUACCUGUAGCAAUCCAUAGUUCAUGCAGAAACCCAAGGUUUAAUAAUUAUUGUUCAUGUGACUGUUUAACACAACUUAUUUAACACGCUUAAUAAUUCCUUCUCUGCUAAUGUCAAUAGCCUACCUUGUAUUCCCCAUUAAUGCACAUUAUUUACAUUUUGAUACACUGUAAUAUUUUUAAUAGUUACCAACUAUAUGAAAAGGCUUUGCUGCCUUCUGCACAGGUAUUUAUUCAAAAAGCACUUCAACUUGUAUUAUAUCUGACUGUGUUUUUAAUAUGUUGGUUUUUGUAGAGUAAUUAGAAAAUGCAAUGUGUAAAUUUUGAAUAAUUGAUUCUGAUCUCACUAAAUGAGUUAAUGUGAGUGAGAAGAUCUUUAGUUCGUUACAGACAUGAAACAUAAGUUUAGGUAGACAAAAGUGUUGAUAAUAAAAAGUUUACAGGCUGGAUUGACAAUAAACUUCAUAAAUUUGGGAGUUUAAAUCUGAGAUUACAUCAGAUGUUUAGAAAUUGUGAAUGGUUUCUUACUUUGCCAACAUCAAUUUUAAAUGUAGAAAAUGUAAAUGAAAUGUAGAUAUUAAAAGGUGGAAAACAACAUGUUCCUUUAAUUUCCCAAAUAUUUUUAGUCUGCUGUUGUUUGCAUAUUUAUACUUUGUCUUGCUUUUUUUACACUGUUAAUUUCCACUGAAAUAUAUCCUAAGAUCUGUGUACAUGUGAACAUAAAUUAUGACUUUUCUUUUUAAAACAUUCUGUAUCUUAGUAAAAGUGAAAUAAUGUUUGUAAGAUGCACAAACCACCUUUGUAUCUGCAAAUGAAUAAAGACAAUUUUCCAUGUC